AUGUCUGAAGGCUAUUCUCUCCGGCGGGAGAAGUCCUGCAGGGACUAUGAAACGGACUGCGGCAAAACCUGGGAUGAUUUCGUUGCCUGUUGCCCCUCCGAUUCAUUUUGCCUGGUUGGGGAGAAUACAUGCCGGAAAUCUCACUUUGGAAAUGUCCCAGAGCAAUGCGCGAACGGAACCUGGAACCUCUUCCACGCGAUCGACUUCUUUUGCUGUGACCAAGGGGAAUUCGCCAUCAAGACAGUGAAGGCCGGAAACAACGUUCCAGAUGGAUAUGUCGGCUGUGUAAUGUCUGAUUACCCCUCAAAGGAUUGGCUAAGCACCUUGACAGUGAUGAGACCCGGGACAGUUUCUUCGACUCCCACGCCCUCGGCCACUCCAUCAUCUUUCUCGACCGUUUCGACUACCUCAAGUACCUCCACUACACAUACCGCAGAGCCCACGACAUCCCUUACCCCCGAGCCCUCUCCACAAUCAUCCAGCACGAAUACCGGGGCCAUUGCAGGCGGUGUUGUUGGUGGGGUAGCCGGAGCAGCUAUCCUCGUUGCCUUGGUUUGGUUUCUCGCACGUCGCAACAAGGCGGAGAACGUGGUGUCUCCAACAGGUGUCCAAGGCGCUUCGGGUAUGCGGACAGUCGACCAUGCAUCCAAGAUCCAGAGGCACACAGUUCAGGAGCUUGACGCUGCACCACCAGUCUACGAACUACCUGACACUGCCAGCGAUCGACAAUAA